CCAGCAGAGAUCAGCUCCUGACACAGUGACACAGCUCUCCAGAUUCCGUCUCACCGACUGCCGCCAUGUCGUUUGUCGCUCCUCCUGGUUAUCAGCCAAUCUACGGCCCCAGAAUUCCUUAUCUGGGGCCCAUUUACGGAGGCCUGAGGGAGGGAGUGUCCAUCUACAUCCAGGGGUCCGUCCCCGAGGACAUCACCAGGUUCUUUGUCAACCUGCUCUGCGGAGAGGCCGAGUCCAGCGACAUCGCCCUCCACUUCAACCCUCGGUUCGACGGCUGGGACAAGGUGGUCUUCAACACCUGUCAGAAUGGAUCCUGGGAGUCGGAGGAGAAGAUUCGCAGCAUGCCGUUCAGCAAAGGCGAGGCCUUCGAGAUGGUCAUCGUGGUCACGUCACAGGGAUACCAGAUCCGAGUCAACGGGAACGACUUCCACACCUUCGAGCACCGAAUGCCUGUGGAGAGAGUUCGCGCGAUGCAGAUCGCAGGAGAUGUUUCCAUCCAGACGAUUAACGUCAUCGGGGGUGGAUAUCCAGGAGGUGACAUGGGGGGAGGAUUCCCGGGAUCGAACCUGCCGGGGAUGGGCGGACAGCCGGUCUACAACCCCCCGGUGCCGUACUCCAACAUGAUCCCGGGAGGAAUGUUUCCCAAGAGAACCGUCAUCAUCAGAGGCAUGGUGCCCUACGGAGCAGACAGAAUGGGCAUCAACUUCAUGGUGAGCAGGUCCCGGGACAUCGCCUUCCACAUGAAUCCCAGGGUGAGGGAGGGGAUGGUGGUGAGAAACAGCAUGAUCGGAGGUAACUGGGGUCAGGAGGAGAGAGACUCAGCCUCAACCCGUUCAUGGAGGGACAGUACUUCGAUGUAAGUGCUUAUAAUUUACAAAAAAAAGUCCAUCCCUCUGUGAUUUUGCUUGUGUUUUACACUACUUGAUCUUUCUGCCUCUGCUCCUCAGAUGUCAAUCCGCUGUGGAAACCAGAGGUUCAAAGUGUUCGUAAACGGGCAGCACCUGUUCGACUUCUUCCACCGCCUGCAGUCCUUCAGUGAGAUCGACGUGCUGGAGAUAGAAGGCGACGUGCAGAUUUCCUACAUCCACUUCUGAGACCAGCUACACUAUUCUGCACAUUAUUCAGCUUUUCCACGGGCUCCUCAGUUGUGUCGGAUGACGUUUUCAUCUCACUGUGUCUGUAUUGUUGGUCAGCUGAAUUAAUACAUGAACAAUAACAUGUACGAGGUUGAUACUGACGCUCGAUCAUGAUGAACACGUUUAUUUCUUAUACAAAAUACUGCAGGUACUGUAUAAAAAAAGUUGUUUACAAAACAUGACAGUGACAAUAUAAAGGCAGUUACGGUGCAGUCGUCUCCCAGUUCAACACAACAAGAGAAUCACAACCCACACACACACGUCCACUGUGUGUAGAUCUACUCACAAAUACUGGCUCUCCGAAGGCACUGAGGGUUCAAUUGUGAAAGAUUUAAGGCUGAAUUGACUGUCGGCACGUGCUGGAAGAUCAGUUUUUCUUGCUGUUCAGAGACACUUUUAAAGACAGAAAUGUUCCAAAAACACAAUGUCUGCAUUCAAACUGGUGAAAUACACCUACAGACCAAAUUGGACCAGAGCUUCAGUCUCAGCUAACAGUUAUUUUCAUUAACAAUCAAUCAAUUAGUCUACACAAUCACAGUUUCCCAGAGCCCAACGUGACGUCUUCCAAACGCUUCUUUUGUCCAACUAACAGUCCAAAACCGGAGACUCUUCAUUUCAUGUCACGAACACACAGAAAAGCAACAAAUCCUGAUGUUUCAGAAGCUGGAAGCAGCACAUGUUUGACUUUUGUUUUUGGAAAAUGAUUGAAUCAAAUAUUAAAAAAAGUUGGCAACUAAUCGACAGAUCGAUUAAUCGACAGCUCUGGCUACAAUGUGAGACUAUCACUGGGUUUACAGUACCAAAGGUUUUGUAAGAAAUGCUGCACUCAUAUCUUAACAAGUACUCUCAGUAAUGCUACAAAUAUAAACUGUGUGCUGUUUGAUGUGGUCGUACCUCUGAUGUAUACAACUCAUUUAAACAAAUACUCUCCCAGAAUGUGUCUUUGAAAUUGGCCCGCUCAAAUGACAGAAUUAUUAACUAAAGCAAUUUAUAUAUAUAUAUAUAUAUAUAUAUAUAUAUAUAUAUAUAUAUGUACAGUAUAUAUAUAAAAAUAAGUGCAUGCAUGAUGCAAAGUUGCAGCUGACGCUGAGGUUUGGACGAUCACACUUGCUGCUCCUCCACUCGGCUGGAAACAGACUUUCUAUUUACAGCGUCAAACCUCGAGAAACACAAAUAUCCCAGAAUAGGAGAGCGGGCAGGAUGAUGUCAGAUGACGAGGUUAGUCAUGUUUCCCAGUCUUUACUUUGCUCAUUUACAGGAAAAAAAAA